AUGUUGAUUUGUAGAUUUCGGACAUGGAUUCUAUUGCUUCUUCUGAUGUUUCCUAAUUUAUUUGGCCCUUCACUCUCCCACUUUGAUUCAGCUAAGAAGAAACAAUUGCGAGAGAAAGUUCGAAAGAUGUUCUACCAUGCAUAUGAAAACUACAUGACACACGCAUUUCCGCACGAUGAGCUCAAGCCUCUGACCAGAAGUUUCACCAACUCACUUAGUGAGCUUGGAAAUUUGAAGCUUGAGCACUUACCACAAAACUAUAAUGGAACUGCGCUUACACUCAUUGAAUCAUUGUCUAGCCUUGUUAUUUUGGUUAACCUUUUUGAGUGCAAUAUAAGAGUUCUUGGAGGACUUGUCUCUGCUCAUAUUCUUGCAAGUGACUCUACAAACAGGCUGGUUCAAGGAUCUUACAAGAACCAGCUACUUGUUCUGGCUGAAGAUUUAGGACGACGGUUUCUACCUGCAUUUGAUACUCCCACUGGAUUGCCAUAUGCCUGGAUUAACUUAAAGUAUGGAGUCAUGAAGAGUGAGACUACUGAAACAAGCACAUCAGGAUGUGGUUCUCUGAUUCUUGAAAUGGGAGCCUUAUCACAAUUAACUGGUGACCCUAGAUAUGAGUCUGCAGCCUUGCGUGCUCUUCGAAAGUUAUGGAGUAUGCGCAGUUCUUUAAAUUUGUUAGGAACAACACUGGAUGUGGAAACUGGUGAAUGGAUUGAGCAUUCAUCUGGGAUCGGUGCUGGGGUUGAUUCCUUCUAUGAAUAUCUAUUCAAGGCUCACAUUCUUUUCGGAAAGGAGGACUUCUGGAGAAUGUUUCAUUCUGCUUAUCUUGCAGUGCAGAAAUAUUUCAGACAUGGCCCAUGGUACCAUGAAGCUGAUAUGAGGAAUGGAAAAGCAACGCAUUGGCAACUGACAAGCCUUCAAGCAUUCUGGCCUGGCCUACAGGUUCUUGUUGGGGAUAUUGCAGCUGCCAACUCCUCACACCGUGAAUUUGUAUAUUUAUGGAAGAAGUUUGGGGUACUACCGGAAAGGUAUUUGCUGGACCAUCAAAUGUUACACCCUACAGAGAAGUACUACCCACUGCGCCCUGAAUUAGCAGAGUCAACAUUCUACUUAUAUCAAGCAACUAAAGAUCCAUGGUACAUAGAAGUGGGUGAAACAAUUGUUAAUUCUCUUAAUUCAUACACCAAAGUGGAAGGAGGAUUUGCAAGCAUUAGAGAUGUCACAACCAUGCAAUCAGAAGAUCAUAUGCAUAGUUUCUUUCUUGCCGAAACGUGCAAGUAUUUAUAUCUUCUCUUUGACGAUUCUUUUUUGGUUGAUCGGAAUUAUAUAUUCACUACUGAGGGUCACCCUUUACCUGUGCUAAGUGCUUGGCACGAGAGACUGCCAGAGAUAUACAUCCCAUCAAACUGGACAUAUAUCAAGAAUGAAAAGCAAACAAAACGAUCAAGUGCAAUGUCUCUGCAAGUCUGUCCUGCAUUGAAUUUGAAUUCAGGAGAUGGAGAACGAUUGGUUGAGAGUGCUUGCCAUGUCCCUGAUGCUGGAAGCGACCACAAGUGUUUCAGUGAUGAAGAGUGUGGAGUCGACUCAACUAGUUGUAGACGAAGAUCUUGUAGCAUGGCUGGUUACUGUGGCCUAUGGUUGGUCGUAUGA